AUGGAGAAAGCAGUGCUCUUCGCUGCUGUGCUGUGUGUAAGUUAUUUGUUGGACACUGAAGUGAACAGUUUGGAGCAGGAGGCGCUGCGUGGAGAUGUUUUCAAUGCCACAGUGGAUCAGAGCAAAGAGACUGAUGUGGAGCCAAGAGGAGACGAACCAUCAGAACCAGAACCCACAGUCGCAGUUUCUGAUUUUGAAACCACUUACAACUACGUCUUGUCCAGAUUAGCCGCCAUGGACCAAGCCAUUCACAGACUGAACGUGGGUCAUUACACUCUGGAUGUGAAGGUCACUCAGCUUCUGGACAGAAUCUCGCGUCUCGACGGCAAACUCGCCGACCUGGAGGACACCAUACAACAAGUGUCCCUCUUCAGCAAACAGAACCGCAAAGAGAUCGGACGUUUGGAAGGUUGCCAGAAAGGCCGGCGAAUGAGCUACAAGUGUUUCCUUGUCUACCGUACGUAUGAGACGUACGCGGGAGCCUCGCAACAAUGCCAGGAGCGUGGAGGGAGGAUGGCGAUGCCAAGAGACAGAAAAGAGCAAGAGGCUUUGGCAGAGUACGUCCGUAACGCUUUCCAUCCCGGAAACUGGCCAGUCUGGCUCGGAAUUAACGACCUGCGAUCCGAGGGACUGUACCUGUUCGACGACAGUACGCGUGUCACUUAUUUCCAGUGGCGAAAACAUUUUCUUUCCAGUCAGCCAGACGGAGGGAAAAGGGAAAAUUGUGUGGCGAUGUCAUCAGAUGACGGAGACUGGUGGGAUAACUAUUGCGAUCGACGCAUGUACUACCUAUGCGAAUUUGACAUCUAA